CCCCCACAGCAGCAGCCAUCAUCGAAUCCAAAAGACCACAGAACAAUAUAGUUAGCGUAUUGUGUAUGUCUCUGUUGAAUGAUCCUACUUUUUUCUUGUUGAUCUCUUCUUCCUGAGAGUGGAAGCUAAGCAAGGCUAAGCUAACUUGUAUUUUGGGUGAUCAUCUAAUUCCCCAGUAAUGGAUUUCAGGUCACAAAUCACUGAAGGGGGUUGCUAUCUGGGAGAGCUGCAUAUGUUUCUUUAAUUGGCUCUGUGACUGCUAAAGUAUACCCUUCUGCUUGACUACUCUUUACAUUGCUAGUUGGACAAUUUUGAUUCAGAAAAAUGGGUCUUUCAAGUCUCCCUGCUCCAUCUGAAGGAGUUCUAUGUGUAUUAUUGGUAAACACCGCACUGUCUAUCUCAAUAGUUAAAGGUUUAGUCCGAUCAAUCCUUCACGUGGUGGGCAUCCAUCUCGCCUCAUCAUCACAACAACCUGCUCCAUCAGAUUACCCUGAAAGCCUUGUAGAACCAAUUGGGUUUUGUAUGAGUUCCUCUGAUAGUUAUGUUGAGGAGUUUCGGAGUAUGAACCCAGCUGUUCCUUUUGACUCUGUUUGUAGUUGUAAGUGGCCUGAACACGAUUGUUCGGUUUGUCUGAAUCAAUUUGAGCCCGAAUCAGAGAUAAACUGUCUGUCGUGUGGCCAUCUUUUUCACAAGAUUUGCCUGGAGAGGUGGUUGAAGUACUCCAACAUUACAUGCCCUUUGUGCAGGACUCCUUUGAUGCAUGAGUUAGAGCCAUCUUGCUUUUGGUGAAACAUUUGGGAGUUUGGAGUCUUAUGAAAAGUUCUCCAUGUCAAGCAUGUAUUGUACAGAUGUUUACUUGAAUGAAUCAGCUAUGGGUUAUGUUUAUGGCCGAGUUUACGGUUGAUGUAUCAACGGGUGUCCGUGAGAGAUCAAGAUUGUAUUGUACAUAUUUUUGAGGUCUGUGAUACUUAUGGAUCUGACUUUGAUCAUGAACAUCCAAGUUAAUGGAGAUAAAUUUUGAUUUAUUUUCUUUAGAUUGUCCUAUGUGAUUGAAGUCAAUACUGUGAAGUUACACAUCACAAUGAAACAUAGCUACUGGGGUUUUUCCAUUUUAUGAUACAUCAGAAAGUUUGAA